ACAAAAUCCCAAAGGAAAGCAAAAAGAACCGGCCCCACCGCCUGGCGGGGCCGGCUCACCGACUUUCACAGUUCGUGUGUAGCAGUUCCCGACUUUCGGUGACGGGCAAAGCCCCUGUUGGAGAGGCCAGCCAACCAGGCCCUAGCGUGGCCCCUGUCGAAUGACGAAUCGAAGGGAGGAGAGAAAGAAGAGGGAAAAAAAAAGUCAAACCGCAGCCCGUCGAUUUUUUAUUGUUUUUAUUUUUUGUUCUGGUGAUUAUUUUCGCACCCACUCUGCUUUCCUGGUGCGUGCAGGGGCAACCUACGUGGAGCGUGGCAUGGCCUGUUCCGGCUCGCUGCUUGGGCGCGCUGACCCCUGCCUCCCCCAAUCAUCGAGAGCCCUUGGGUUUCCCGCCUUUUCGCAGGCACCGACCUGUUCUUAAACCGCACGUCUCCGCCAUCCCUCAUGGCUCAAACACCAUCCUUUGGCUUCAAUGUCUUGCUUGCCGGGAUGGAAUCACUUCCUGUUGAGCUCCUGCGGCUCAUCUUCCAGUUCUGCGACCCUGGCGCCGUCCGGGCCCUCCGAUUAUGCAGCGGCAAACUGGCGGAGGUCGGCGAGGAGUACCUCGUCGACCCAGUCUUCCGCUCGCUGCCCUGGAGGGACGACGUGAAGCGCCUUCACGCGCUCUCGGGCCAUGAACGCCUCAAUGCCGCCAUCGAGGCCCUCGUCAUCAACUUUGCCCAGAUGGACGAGCACAACGGCCGCCACACCUCGUACCUCCAGCACUUUUACCAGGACCCCGAGGAGUGCAGCGCCCUCCUGCACGAGGCCUGGCACCGCUACUACCAAGCCGAGGGGUACCGCCAGGACAUACCCGCAUUCUCCAGCCAGGCCGCCCUGGUUCAGGAGGCCUUCGCCCGCCUGCCGAACCUGAAGGACCUGCGCGUCACCUUCACCGAGAGCCCCCACGACAUCGAGCCCAUCCGCCAGGCCUUCCGCCUGCCGGGCUGCCGCAAGAUGAACCGCAAGCAGGCCUGUGCCGACCUCAACGUCCUGAUCUCGGCCGUCUCGGCCGCCAACCUCACCUCCCUCGAGAUCGACCGCCUGCCCCUGGAGCUGUUCAAGGUCCGCCACAGCCGCCAGCACUGGUUCGAGAGCGCCCCCGCCCUGGCCAACCUCACGCGCCUCAACAUCACCCUCGACUCGUCCGAGGUGCAGAUGCCCACGACAAAGUUCCGCGCCAUGAACGGGCUCGGCCACUUCCUGCGCUACGCCCCCAACAUCGAGCACCUCGGGCUCGGGUUCCACAACUACUCGAGGCCGCGCGAGAAGUACCAGGUCUGGUUCGGUGAGCUGUUCGGCCCAGAAUUCGUCUUUGGCCGGCUCACGGACCUCAAGCUCGAGGGCAUCGCGUGCGACGAGGAGGAUCUGCGGUCGUUCCUGGCCCGCCACGGCCCCACCCUCCGGCGCCUCCGCCUCGGGGGUGACUGGGUCGCCAAGCUCUACGAGCCGGGGCUGGGUGGGAUCCACCUAGGCCGCGGCACCUUCCGGUCCUUCUUCAGCUCGCUCAGCAGGGGCAGGCUGCUGCCGAACCUCGAGCGCCUGCACCUACAGGGCGACUUCGAGUCCGGCAUGCUGGUCAGCCGGUUCCACGAAAAGUACAACUUCCACCCCGUCACCCGCGAGGACUGGGAGGAGAUCCCCGACGAGAUACGCCGCAGCCGCAUCCCGCGAAACACCACCGACGGCCUCGAGUUUGAGCGCUUCGUCCUGCACGGCGGCGAGUACCCGGGCACGCCCACCUCCACACCGUCCGGCACCCCGUCGGAAAGUCCCGCGGGGACCCCGACGGGAACUCUGACCCCGCCAACCCCGGAGAGUGUUUGAAGAAGCUGUGCCAUGGUUCCAGGCGUGGGCGAAGCCUUUCCGUCCCUGAGACACGGGUCGUCUUUGCUUGCAGUCCCCCUGUCUCGUCGUGUUGGCCACAUGUCAUGUCAUGCUCACACCCGGACCUGAGACCACGGCCAAUCUUGGAUACCUGGAGGCGCUACCAUGCCUCAACUGAACCAACCAAAAAAAUAAUGCGCGAAUAUACCAACAAUCUGCUUUGCCAACUGCACAACCCAUCCUUGGCGUCCCGUCGGGUCACGCCGACGCCUUGGUACGACUCUUUCUCCUUUUCUGGCGCAAUUUUCCGGCCGCCACUCAUGACAACAACCAAGAGGUGUACAAAGGCGCACGAUUUUGAUUUUUCUGCUUUCUUUUCUUUUCCUCCUUUCGUUUUGAUCGUCUCCUAUCACGGCUCUCCUCACGUUUCAACGAAGUCACGACCAAGCAAACACAAACAAUAGAUUGCAUAGGAGCUGUCUCCUUCAGGCUCCAGGCUCCCGCUUUUUUCACUGUCAUCACAUAUUAUCCCCUCGUCUCUACGCUGUUUGUUUCCUCUUCUCUACCUGACUCUGUUUCUUUUCACUGGAUUCAUGUUACCGUAUCCUAGAGGAAGCCUCGCAGAUACUGCUCACGCGGGUACAGCAGGCACUGCAACUCAUUCAUGCUCAUCAGAUUGAACCAGGGCAAUCUUACACGGGGGCGUUUUUCGUUUCCUGCUUGGCACAUGAGAACUCAACGACGCAAUCGGGGCUGACGUCCUCUGCUUUUAUUUGUUUCUCUUCUUUCUUCUUUUCUCUACUCCAUCUUUUUUUUAUUUCUAUUUUAUCCGACAUGUAGCGCAAACCAGCAAUAGAUAAUAGAUGGGUUCGGCAAAGCAGCA